AGGAAGCAAGAAUGAAGAGAAGAACAAAGAAGAAAAAAAUGAGAACAAGAAAGGGAAACAAGGAGAAGAAAAAGGAGAAGAAAAGACACGGAAAAAAAGAGGAAAGGAUAAGCUUCCAAUGUACUUGCGUUCACCUUUCAUGGUUGAACAUGAAAAACUUUUCAAGAAUGUGGACAAUAGAAAGGUAGCUGAGUAUGCGUUUGCUCAAGGAGAUAAUAAGGAGCUUUUGUAUGCUGAUAACAUGGGGACAACGAUUACGAGAGAUGAGAUUCAUAGUCUCAUAGAAGAUAAGCACAUGUUGAACAAUGUUGUGGAUGCUUAUGUUUGCCUAUUGAAUUUUGAAAAUAAAAGACGUGGUGUAGACAAGAAGAGUAGAUUCUUUUUCAGUACUGAAUGCUAUCUCAUACGUUGUACAGAAAAAUACUUCAAAUCAAAUGAAAGGCAAGAUGAUAGAAUGAAGGCUUUGUUUGAUAGAAUGCAACAAGAAAUGACAACGACCGAAGUAACAAGCUUCAAAAGCAUUCAAUUGGUUUUCUUCCCGGUCGUUUUACCAGAUCACUACUAUUUGCUGUGUGUCAACUUUGUGGAAGGAACAUUUGAUUUGAUUGACAACAGAUUUCUUCCACCAAAUAUUCCUUUUCACAAUAAAUAUGGAAAUUACCAUAGAUUAAUGUUGAAUGCAUUUGCUGAUUUCGUUCACUCAAUUGACUCAAAUAUAAAGAGUGACUUUGUAUCCUCCUUCAAAACAAGAAACUUGAGUAUGUCAUGGAAGAGCAAUAAGAACAAACAUGAUUGUGGAGUGUUCCUGUUGAAGCACAUGGAAACAUAUGAAGGAGAAUCUGUAAAACAAUGGAAUUCGGGACUAGAAUUAGACAAUUUUGACCAAAUGAAAAAAUUAAGAGUGGAGUAUUGUGGGAAGAUAAUAACAGCAGAAGUAAAUGAAGAACGGAACAAAGUGAUUAGGAGAUCAAAAAAGUGGUCAAAGGAGAACAAAAUGGAUAUAUGAUUGUUAAGAUCUUAAGUUUAUAUUUGUAGAGAGAUAUUUGCAAAGAAUAUAACAGUAAUUUUUUAUGUUCUAUGUAUUUACCUGUUACAAGAAAUAUAUUGUUGAAUCAUAUUAAAUGCUAAAAUUU